AUGCGCUCCUUAAUUCCGCUUACUCUGCUUAUUGCUGUCUUCCACACUCCCGUCCAUGCUGUCACCUUUCCUGUUCACAUCCAGGUCAACAGAAACCCAAGUCCAUCUCUCUCUCGCCGCACUCCUGUUCCAAUCGGUAACAUUGGCAAUGCGCAAUACGUCAGUAAUAUUACUUUGGCGGGUGUAACAUUGCCAGUUCUACUGGACACCGGAAGCUCGGAUCUAUGGGUGGCUUUUCCGCAAUCACCUCCAGCUGGCAGUAUAAAGGACACAGGCAAGUCUCUUACUCUGUCGUAUGCCGUCGGAAAGGCCUCAGGAAAUAUUCAAACCGCUCAAAUUCAGUUCGGAAACUAUACCCUCAAUGAUCAAGCUUUCCUGCUCGUUAACGAUACCUCCACAUUCACGUCCGAUAUUCAUUCCCAAGGCUACGACGGACUCUUGGGGCUUGGCCCCAAUACUGGAAGUCUCAUUGGCAAGAAGCUCAGUGGGUCCACUGGCUACUCGACGCUUCAGCGUCUCUUCCAGCAGGACAAAAUGACCGCAAAUUACAUCUCUUUCCUGCUCGAUCGAAAGAGUGACCCAGGUGAACCAUUCACGGGUCAAAUCACGGUUUCAGAACUUGUCCCGGGUUUCGAGAAUAUAACAAGCAUGCCAAUACUUGAUGUGGAGACUGUCAAUAGGAUCUUGAAGGGAGAUCAACAUUGGCAAGCAUUGACCGAUAAGAACAAUGGAAUUACUGGGCCUGAUGGGCUACCGAUUCAAUUGAAAUCCAUUGUGCCGAAUGCGCCUAGCGGCCAGUUUGUUGCGGUUAUUGACAGUGGUUUCACCUUUUCACAAGUACCGCGAGCUAUUUCAGACGCAAUCUAUGGACGUGUUAACGGAGCGUAUUACGAUACACAAAACGAAUGGUGGCUGGUCCCCUGUGGUCAAUAUUUAAACGUCUCUUUCAAUUUCGGAGGAAUCUCGUAUCCCGUGCAUCCCCUGGACCUUGUCGAUAACAAUUUUAAUCAAAUAGACAGUACGGGGAAGCAGGUUUGCAUUGGAGCUUUCCAACCAAUCACGUCCGCCUUCAGUAUACUUGGUCACUAUGAUAUGAUCUUGGGGAUGAGCUUCCUGAGAAACACAUACACACUUUUGAACUUUGGAAAUUGGGUGGGGACUAACGGAUCACAGGCUCAUCCUUAUAUUCAACUAGCGUCCGUGACGAACGUUGCGGCUGCCCGUAACGACUUCAUCAAGGUGCGACUUGGGGGGAAUGACACGAUUAGUGACGCGAAAUGGGCUCUUCUUCCUGCCUCUCAAAUGCAACAUUCACCCAUAUCUGCGGAAGAGAAGAAAAAGGCAUACGAAGAAAAAAUCCUCAGUCGAUGGCCAUAUAUCCUAUUCGGUUGUCUCAUGCUCGUACUCAUUCUCGUUGGUCUAUGCAUCUGGAGAUGUUGCUGCAGACGGGGACAGAAAGAGGGUACGGGUGGCAAGAGGGGCUUCUUUUCUAGGAAAAGAGGCGGAGUGAACCAGAAGAGAAGUUCUUACGUACCCCUAUCGACACCAGACCGAUCUGCAAGCCCAUACCCGCCUCAAAACGCAGGCGCUUUCGCAAUGUCUCAACAACAUCUCCACGAGGAUUACGGACGUGGCGGUCCCGGGUUUUCUGGACACCGACAGGUGUAG